AUGGAGCUCUUCGAAAAUUUACGUCUACUUCUUCUCGAUGAACUCGGAUAUCUGUUUGUUAUUCUCUCAGCAAAUUGUCGCUAUUAUUCUUCAACAAUUGGACCAAGCGCUGCAGAAGCCAUAUCUGCAUCCUCAACACCAAUACUAUGCACUUCUGGAACAGAUGAAAAUGUCACCGGAAUUCGUUCAUGUCGACUUUGUUCAGCCGAUACCAAACUGUUAGUACCAAUAUGA